AUGACGUGUGCUCUCGUCACUGCGUACAUCGUGUCGUUGGCGGACGACACGAUUGCCCGACCCCAGCGCAGUCCGACUGAUAACAUCUUUGGCAUCAAACCAAACCCUCUGGGUCAACCCACGUGCGUAAGGCACCCAAGAAUCAUGCAGUAUUCAAUAUAUCGCGUGCGAAUGGCGCUCGCCGGCGACGGUCACAUCGGACCGUCUUCGUUUCUGCUGCCACCGCCAAUCGUUCAUCGUAAACUCAUAGUGGAAAUUAAUAACUCCACAACAUUGCGAGGGUACAUGCGAGCGGUAGACCUUGACAGGGUCGUCCUGAUGAACCCAUUCUUGCUGUCCUUCACCUGGUGA